AUGGGAUCGAAACCAUGGAAGCUGCCUAGAGUAUUUUGUAAGCUUCAAUCGUUAUCUGUAAAUGUUCGUUUCUUCUCUGCAGCUGUCUACGACUCUGCUCCAGGCGUCUGUGAUUUCAGCUACGGAAGCAGCUGCGUGUACAUCAACAGCGCCGCUAAUGUAUACGAGUGGAACAAAGAGACAACUACGACGUAUAUAACAACUGAUCUACCAUCGUUUAGUAACGGACGGUGUAUUGCUGGCUUUUAUGACGGAGUGCACGCAUCCGCUGACGUUCCCAACCCAAUUGUUAACAAAGAACCACUGCCGAAAUUCUCUCUCGGAUCCGGAAUUGCGAGAAGACGCAGAGGCACCGCUCAAGUCGAGCUUGCGCAUUUCAAAAAGAGCACAGACAGGCAACCGAAUCUAGACCGCGUUCGCCGUUCGUGCUUCAGAAUCGCCGGCAAAAACGUCGGGGUAACGCCGACCAAAUCGACGAGCACCGUCCUGACAGCAAACAAGGUUGUAUCUAAUGAAGUGUUCGAGGUUGGAAAGUUUGUGAAGCAUGUCAGUAACAGCUACAUCAAGUUUACGUUCACCGCCAGCGAAGGCUUGGGUUACUAUUUCUAUUGUUAUGCGCACUGCUUGCCUGAUCCGCUGGGCAUUCUCGAUCAGGUGGGAAGCGUCGAAGAGAGUAGAAGUCACGAGACGUUCCGGUUGUUUUCGACAAGCAGCGUUGGCAGUCACACGGUGUGUCUCAAUCUGAAAGACUCCGUUGGAUGUGGAGAAUUUGCGAUGAGAUUCAGUGCGACUAUCCUCCAUCUUAGCUCCCAAUCGGCUCGCUUGUCCUUUACACCCAAAGGAGUAUACUCGAGCUUGGCUCAAGCGGGAUGUACAAGUCCAGCAGCAAAUGAGACAUAAAUAGCUAGAGAAUUCAUAGAAUUCAAAAAACAGAAAUUGAACUAUAGCUAUAACUAAUUCUGUUACUUAUAAUUGGCUAUAGAUAGAUAUCUGUGUGCGUGUGUGCGCGAUGACAAAAUACGGCUGCCCUACGUAAUUACAAAUGUCAGUAUUAGUAUGUUGUAUGAAAGCAGUUUGUCCGAUUAAAAUAACUGCC